AUGCUGGCGACCGGGACCUCGAUGAACUACAAGGGCAACCCCUUCCUCGCUGCGAAUCAAUCAGCCAAUAUCCCGGAACACGAGAACUGCUCCCUCUGGCUGACGAACCUCCCACCUGGGUGCACCGUCCACAAGCUUCUCUCCUGCGUGCGCUCGUGCGGCAAGGUGUUCGCUUGCGUCAUCAACCCCCCCGUCCCAGGCGCCACCAUUUCAACCACCAGCGCCGCCAAGCUCGUCUUCUUCAACCGCGUUGGUGCUCAGACUCUCCUUGACCAGGCGCGUCUUGGCCAGUUUGCGGUAGACAGCUAUGUCCCGCGCGUUCGAUCCAAUCGCAUCAAGAGCGCGGCCCGGACGCCUGGACCACAGUGUCGAGUGCUUCAUAUCGAGGGUCCAGUCUACAUUGUCAACGAGAAAUUCUUGCGUGAAUUCUUCCGUUCCAAGUUCCAGUAUGACUUGGACGAUGUCUUCUUGCUCUCACAUGGCGAGGGGAGAGCUCGAUUAGAAUGGAGAUUCGGGUCGUACCGUUGCCAGGCUGAAGCAGCGCGAACGGCAAUUGCCAAGGAG